ACCGCCCGAAGUCGCCUGGCCCUGGCCUUGCGUGAGGAGGAGGAGGCGGCGGCGCGGCGGAGCGGGAGGAGAUGAAGAGCGGCCGGGAGCGGGGCUAGCGAGGGCCCGAGUGGAGCCGGACGGAACCCCCUCCCCUUCCCCCAUCGCGCGGCGGGGCCAUGGCGGCCAAUAUGUACCGGGUGGGGGAUUACGUCUAUUUUGAGAAUUCCUCCAGUAACCCCUACCUCGUCCGGCGCAUUGAGGAGCUCAACAAGACAGCUAAUGGCAAUGUGGAGGCCAAGGUGGUGUGUCUCUUCCGGCGCCGGGACAUCUCCAGCAGCCUCAACAGCCUGGCUGACAGCAACGCUCGCGAGUUUGAGGAGGAGUCGAAGCAGCCGGGGGUGUCGGAGCAGCAGCGGCACCAGCUGAAGCAUCGUGAGCUCUUCCUGUCGCGCCAGUUUGAGUCGCUGCCAGCCACCCACAUACGGGGGAAAUGCAGCGUCACGCUGCUCAACGAGACUGACAUCCUCAGCCAGUACCUGGAGAAGGAGGACUGCUUCUUCUACUCGCUGGUCUUUGACCCUGUCCAGAAGACGCUUCUGGCUGACCAGGGGGAGAUUCGGGUCGGCUGCAAGUUCCAAGCUGAGAUCCCCGACCGGCUGGCUGAAGGUGAGUCGGACAAUCGGAACCAGCAGAAGAUGGAGAUGAAGGUCUGGGACCCCGACAACCCACUGACCGACCGGCAAAUUGACCAAUUCUUGGUGGUGGCUCGGGCCGUCGGGACCUUUGCUCGAGCUCUGGACUGCAGCAGCUCCAUCCGGCAGCCCAGUCUGCACAUGAGCGCAGCCGCCGCCUCCCGGGACAUCACACUGUUCCAUGCCAUGGACACGCUGCAGCGGAACGGCUACGACCUGGCCAAGGCCAUGUCGACGCUGGUGCCCCAGGGGGGCCCAGUGCUGUGUCGCGACGAGAUGGAGGAGUGGUCGGCCUCGGAGGCCAUGCUCUUUGAGGAGGCGCUGGAGAAGUACGGCAAGGACUUCAAUGACAUCCGACAGGACUUUCUGCCCUGGAAGUCCUUGGCCAGCAUUGUGCAGUUCUACUACAUGUGGAAAACCACCGACCGCUACAUCCAGCAGAAAAGGUUGAAGGCCGCUGAAGCUGAUAGCAAACUGAAGCAGGUCUACAUCCCUACCUACACUAAACCUAACCCCAAUCAGAUCAUCUCGGUGGGCUCCAAGCCUGGCAUGAACGGGGCUGGCUUCCAGAAGGGGCUGACCUGUGAGAGCUGCCACACCACCCAGUCAGCACAGUGGUAUGCCUGGGGCCCGCCCAACAUGCAGUGCCGCCUCUGCGCCUCCUGCUGGAUCUACUGGAAGAAAUACGGGGGGCUGAAGACCCCGACACAGCUGGAGGGAGCCGCCCGCAGUGCCACGGAGCCGCACUCCAGGGGCCACAUGUCAAGGCCGGAAGCCCAGAGCCUUUCUCCCUACACGACCAGCGCCAACCGGGCCAAGCUGCUGGCCAAGAACCGCCAGACCUUCCUGCUGCAGACCACCAAGCUGACCCGCAUUGCCCGCCGCAUGUGCCGCGACAUCCUGCAGCCACGCCGUGCUGCCCGGCGCCCCUAUGCUCCUAUCAACGCCAACGCCAUCAAGGCUGAGUGCUCUAUCCGGCUACCCAAGGCAGCCAAGACCCCCCUGAAGAUUCACCCCCUGGUGCGACUGCCGCUGGCCACCAUCGUCAAAGAGCUGGCUGCGCAGGCCCCUCUGAAACCAAAAACGCCACGCGGCACCAAGACGCCCAUAAACCGGAACCAAAUGAGCCAGAACCGGGGCCUGGCCGGCAUCGUGGGCAAGAGGGCAUACGACAGCGUGGCAGGGAGCGGGGUCCCGUUUUCGGCCAAUGGCCGACCUAUGACCUCGGGGAUGCGGUCGAGUGCCCAGCCAGCUGUCAAGCGUCAGAAGCUGAACCCAGCUGAUGCCCCCAACCCUGUUGUCUUCGUGGCCACUAAGGACACCAGGGCGCUGCGCAAGGCUCUCACCCACCUGGAGAUGCGCCGAGCUGCCCGUAGGCCCAACCUGCCACUCAAGGUGAAGCCAGUGCUGCCCAUACGGCCUGUGGUAGCGCCGCUGGUGCCGGGGCCCCCAGCCCACCCUGCCAGCACCAGUGAACCCAUCAUCCUGGAGGACUGAGCCCAGCCCCUCUUCCCAGAGCCGCAUCUCCCCCUUCUCCAGAGCCUGUGUACAUGGCAGGCUGGGCUGCAGUGCCUGGUUCCACGUGUCCCCGUUGGGGCUUCCCCAGCCCCCUCAGGGAUCAGCCCAGGGGUGUGAGGAGCAGGGGUGUGGCUUCCACUUUUUUAAAAUAUAUUUUUAUUUCCACAAACUCCCACUCCCUCUUCAGGGCUGGGGUGUUUGUGUUAGGAUCGUGGGGAGGUUGAAGUGGGGAGCCAGGGACUCCGUCUGCCCCCUCUCCCCAAAUGCAGUUACUUCUCGUCUUUCCUUCUUUCCCUGUGUUGGUUCUGCUGUCUCUGCUCAUUUCCCACAAGCCACAGCUCUGCCCCCACCCCCCAAGCCCAUGUCCCCAGCUGGGCCCAGCUCCACCUCCCCCACCCCCCCCAGCCGGGCCUGGGUUUUGUACAUGAUCAGAGAGGAGAAUGUCUGUUUUUUUAACUCGACCUGUAACCAGUUCUUAUAGCAACCAGGAAAUAAACCAACGCCUUUUCUUCA